AUGGCCACUACUGCAGAGGCCGAGCGGCACGAUCUUGACGAGACUAGCCCUGAUCUCAAGACUGUUGCGACAGCCACGGCGACUGCAACAACCACUGAAAGACACGCGCCUACGACAGAAGAGAGUGACCUGCAAGCUGAGAGCGAAGGUGAUUUUCGCGACGAUGAUUCAGCGAUCGGCGACGACGCUGCAAGUAGCACAGCAUCCAUCAAUUCAAGCAUCAUGCAAUACCGCACUGAGAAUGGAAGAACCUAUCAUUCUUUUAGAGAGUCAAUCAACUAUGUACUCCCCAAUGAUUCGUCUGAACAGGAACGUCUCGAUCUGCAACAUCAUCUCUUCACACUUACCCUCGGCGGAAAGCUGUAUCUAAGCCCAUUGCAAAAAGGCAACAAGCCUAUAGAACGUACUCUCGAUGCAGGAACAGGAACUGGUGUUUGGGCAAUUGACUAUGCCGAUAAUCACCCAGAAACACAGGUCCUUGGAAUCGAUCUCAGUCCUAUCCAACCAAACUUCCUUCCAACAAACCUCGAAUUCCAAGUCGACGAUCUCGAAGAUGAAUGGACGUACAGCUACAAAUUCGACUUUGUCUUUGCCCGCAUGCUUACCGGCUCCAUUGGCGAUUGGCCCAAGUUCUUUAAGCAAUCCUUCGACAGCCUUAACCCAGGUGGCUGGGUCGAGUGUCAAGACAUCACCUUCCCUGCCGCAUCAGACGACGGCACUCUUGUCAAGGGUUCCUACAUCGACCAGUGGUCCGAAUUCAUGACCGAAGCAGCGAGUAAUUUUGGAAGGUCGGCUGUAAGCGCAAAGUCGUACAAACAACAGAUGAUCGACGCGGGCUUUGUCAAUGUGACAGAGGUGGUCUACAAGUGGCCUACCAACAGAUGGCCUGCGGAUCCUUACUACAAGGAACUUGGAUUCUGGUGUAAUCACAAUAUUGCCGGCGAACUCUCCGGCCUCUCCCUAGCUCUUUUCACCAAGGGCUUGGGUUGGAGUGUUGAAGAGGUAGAGGUCUUUCUGGCCAAGGUCAGAACUGACAUGAGGGAUAGACGCAUCCAUGCAUGGUGGCCCAUACACGUCGUUUAUGGACAGAAGCCAGAGUUUUGA